GGAAAACCUAAUUAUAUAUACUCCAAUAAUUGUCUCAGAAUAAGAAUAUCCAAAGAAACAUGGAAAUCAAACAUCUCAUCUUCAGUUUCCUUAUCAUAUUCUCCUUCAUUAUCAACACAAAUGCCAAUUCCUCAGAUUGUAUUUACACAAUCUAUGUGCAAACCGCCGAUAUUCCGUCGGCCGGUACUAAAUCGAAUGUAACCGUGUUCAUCGGGGACAGCUACAACGACGAACUCCCUAUCAUCAACCUCAAAGAUUGGGGUCUAAUGGGCCCUGGCGGGAACUACUUUAAGGUUGGAGAAACAGACCUCUUCGCGGGGAAAGGCCCAUGUUUACGUGGGCCCGUAUGUAGACUAAUAAUCGUGCUAAGUGGUUACGAUAAUUGGUAUUGCGACUCGAUUGAAAUAACAACCGUGGCACUUGGAAAAUCGUGUUCUCAGAAGCAUUUCGCGGUGAAACAAUGGCUCGACGUCAACAGGGGAUCAGCCCUCAUUCUUCAAGAUGAGUGUGUAAGUGAAGUGAAGAUGAUGGAGCCCCUUUAAGUAGAUUGAGGAGUGGAAAUUAAAAAUGUUUAGGGUUUUGGAGUUUACAUAUAUUGUUUUUCUUAGUGAUUCUCCUUAUAUGUGUUGAUUAACAUGCAUGGAAAAAAUAAUGUUGAUUUGUCUAAGUUAUUGAAAGUCUUCUGGCUUUCAAUCAAUCAAUAAAGCGGUGGCAUAUUUCAAUUCA